ACAAAACAGUAUCCCAAGAAUGGACAAGUGUCAACGGCCUUAAGCUUGAGGACAUUUCAAUACCUCCUCUGACCACAGGAGGGCGAGAGGCAAAGCGUAGACUCGGUCAGGCGCAGGGCGCCCUGGGAGCUGUAGUUCUCCAAGUGGACCGAAGAGGGCGCGGCUACGCUGAGCAUCCUGGGAAUUGUAGUGCGCGCUAGCGCCCUCCGCGCAGGCGCAAACCCACGGCUACUUCCGGGACCAAUCCUCGCCUUUCGCAGGGUGAAGUCCCAUAGAGGAUUCCCUGACAAUGGCUACCUACAGCCUAGCGAACGAGCGACUACGCGCCCUGGAAGACAUCGAACGGGAAAUUGGCGCCAUCCUUCAGAAUGCAGAAUUGUCCAAGGAAAAAACCAAUGAGCGACUCCUAGACCGGCAGGCGGCAGCCUUCACCGCUUCGGUGCAGCACGUGGAAGCGGAGCUGUCAGCUCAGAUCCGCUACCUCACCCAGGUGGCCACAGGGCAACCCCACGAGGGCUCCAGUUACUCUUCAAGGAAGGACUGUCAGAUGGCUCUGAAGCGAGUGGACUAUGCCCGCCUCAAGCUCAGUGAUGUGGCCCGAACCUGUGAGCAGAUGCUAGAGAACUAGGCCAAGCUGGUGAAUGAAGAGCUUGAAGGGAGACCAUCGCCUGUACUGUGGGAUGGGGAGCACAGAUGCCCCGUACAAGUUCUGCUGAUCAGAGCAUGCCAAGACAAAGAGGCAAAAGGUAGAAAUGGAGAAACCAAAGGGCAAGCCUGCCUACAGCUAUGCCCUGGCUCCUCCAGCAGGGUGUUCCUUCUCUGCACUCUACAAGCACGCUGAGGGGGCCAGAUAGGAGAUGGAGAUUCAGACACCCAACCCAUUUCCUCAUACACUUCAUGCCCCUGCCCCAGGAUCCCCACAGACAUGGCCCAAUGUAGAUGCAUUCUUCUUCAUUGGAAGAGACAAAACAAGAACUAAGGGUUUUAAUAAUAAAAACAAUAGCAAUCAAAACAAGAA